UUUGCUGACCUGAAUUCAAUAAGCAGCAGAUUAUUUACUCCAUCAAAAGCAAUUGAAUCAGAAUGAAUUGAGAUGCCUUUUGGUACCCCUGAUAAAUCAAAUUCGAAGAAGUGGGGGUUUAGGAGGCUGUCAUUGACGAAGCCCAGCUUUGGCAAGCAGAAUAGUAUUGAUUCAAAUAAUGGACCUGCACAAGUGGAUAACCAUGAAAAAAUUUUGGUCGGCAGCUCACCAAAGGAAAAAGCACCGGUUGAAGAUAUAGGCGAAGCCGACGAAAUCACCAACUUGAACAGUAAACAGUCAGUGUGCGAUGAUGAAGAAGAAGAAUUGGAUGUGACCGGGCAUCAAACUGUUUUGAAGCAUCUGGCAACCCAAGUUAAAGUUGGUAUGGAUCUCACCCGUGUGACUUUACCCACUUUUAUCUUGGAGAAGCGGAGCUUACUGGAGAUGUACGCAGACUUCUUUGCUCAUCCUGAAUUUUUUGUGCUAACGACAAGGGAAAAUAAUGCGAAGUUGCGCUUCAUGUAUAUAGUUAAGUGGUAUCUGUCUUCAUUCCACACUGGUCGGAAAGGAGCCGUCGCCAAAAAACCGUUCAAUCCUAUACUAGGUGAAACUUUUCGUUGUCAUUGGAAGCUGCCGACAACAAUUUUACCUUCUUUUUCUCAAAAUUUGCUUCCGAGUUGUGAUGAAAGUUGCGGAAAUGUAAAGGAAGGCAUUCAAAGAGAUUCGCUUCAAAAUGGAGCCGAGUGUCAAAAACAGCUGGUUGAGUCAGGACCGGUGCCUUGGGCUUGUGCAGGAGACGCUACAUUUGUAGCUGAGCAAGUGUCUCACCAUCCACCCAUUUCUGCAUUCUAUGCCGAGUGUAUAGACAAAAAAGUUGAAGUAAACGGCUACAUUCACCCGAAAAGCAAGUUCUUGGGACUAUCCAUAGGAGUGAAUAUGAUAGGAGAAGCCAAAGUGAAGCUGCUUGAUAGAAAGGAGGAGUAUACAGUAACGUUUCCUAGUGCAUACGGAAGGUCCAUUCUCACAGUGCCAUGGGCUGAGCUGGGAGGAAAGUGUCAAAUCACAUGCGAGAGCUCGGGCUACAAAGCGGCUAUCGUGUUCCAUACUAAAAAUUUUUAUAGCAAAGAUCGCCAUAUGAUUACAUGUGACUGCUUCGAUCCAUCAGGCUCUAAGUUCUGCGUCAUAAAAGGACAGUGGAAUGACAAAAUGUAUAUUAUGUCUCCUGGACAAAAAACGAGCACCGAAAUUUUCCUUGAUACUACUUCAAUGAAGGGCAACUCCAAGCAAGUGAGACCUCUUCAGGAACAGGGUGAGAAUGAAUCCCGUAGUCUGUGGCGAAACGUCAUCAGUGCGCUCAAGGUCAAGGAUCUGGACACUGCCACUAAUGAGAAGAAAAAACUUGAGGAGAAGCAAAGAAACGAUGCCAAAAUGCGACUGGAAACCAAGCAGACGUGGGAAACACAAGAGUUCUCACAUGCCGAGGACGGUGCUUUCCUCUACAAACACACCCUGAGUCGCAGAUUGGAAGAUAUGAACUCCACGUGCUCUGAAGUUGACUGACUAAUUGCCGAUUCCUCCAUCUUAAUUCGACUGAAACAAUAACGGGAAACAACAUCAACGUCGAUUGAGAAAAGGCUGUGUUGUGUGUGUGUGUGUUUGUACCAAGGCAUCCAGCGACUAAUUUGGAUAAAUCAACAGCAUCAUCUAAAAUCAGGCUUGGAGAAGUGCAAGAAAUCUAAUCUAUCGCUAUUUCUGUUUUUUUUUGUUGUAUAUUUUGAAAAAAAUAAUAAUUUAUAGGUGCAGUACAUCAGAAAUUAUAUUAAAUGCACACUCAAAUUAUAUUGUUUCCUUUUUAUUUUAAGAAUAUUUCGAAUAAUUUAAAUAAAUGAUGUCAUAAUUUAAAUUCAUUGAAUUAUUUUGUACUCAUUUGUAGAUGGUAGUCUUAUUUAAAUUGGUAUAUAUGCUUUGCAGUUGAACUUGCAAGCGAAUAUCGCAAACAUUUGUGAAUUUUUGAAUGGAUCUUUCUUAUAGUGUACAUGGUAGUUUUACUAGAAUGCAACAUUUACCUAAAUAUAAAACUAUGUAAAUUAAUAUAGAUUAAAGUAUACAUUUAACCUUGA